AGAAUUUCUCGAUGCAUAAAUAUGAAAAUUAUUUUAGAAAUGCUAAACAAAUACGCCAUCUUGCGAGAACUGAGUGAUGAAUAAUAAAAACUUUAUUCCGUCAACUUUGUGAUCACUUGACUGCAGAAAUGUCCGGCAGAAUAUUACUAGUGUUGAUUAUGAGCAUGUCUGUUGUAUCCGGAAGGUCUCCACAUGCGGACUAUAUCGAUGAGUUGAUUAGAAGUGGGAGCUUCGAUUAUUUCUUUCCGGAUAACACAUUGGAAGAUGCUAAAUUGGACGUGCCUGGACUGAUCCGAAAAUACAAAUAUCCAUUGGAAGUGCACGAUGUAACGACUCCAGAUGGAUACAUUUUGCAAAUGCACCGCAUUCCACACGGCCGAGAUCAGAACAAAGUUCCUGACCCAAAGAGACCCGUGGUGUUUCUAAUGCAUGGGAUGUUAUGUUCUUCAGCCGAUUGGGUCAUGACGGGACCUGGCAGUGCCUUUGGUUACAUUCUCGCCGAAGAAGGAUUUGAUGUAUGGAUGGGUAACGCCCGUGGAAAUUAUUAUUCACGAAGACAUAUUAGUAUGAAUCCUGAUGAUACUGAAUUCUGGGAGUUUUCCUGGGACGAAAUUGGAGAUAUAGACUUACCAACAAUGAUAGACUACGUUUUAGAUCAUACGGGAAGAUAGAAAAUUUAUUACGUCGGUCAUUCUCAAGGCACGACAGUUUUCUUCGUUAUGUGUUCUCUGCACCCCGAGUACAACUAUAAAAUUGAAUCCAUGCACGCGUUUUCUCCCGUUGCGUAUAUGGCUCAUAAUGAAAGCCCCUUAUUAACAGCAAUUGCCUCGUUUGACAACAGUAUGAAGAUUCUGUCAGUCCUUCUUGGUGUUGGAGAAAUAAUGCCUAAUAAUUUAUAUCUGAAGUGGGCUGGAGAAUCUUUCUGUAAGGACCAAGCCAUCACACAAGUGGUCUGCAGCAACAUAUUAUUUUAUAUAGGAGGAUGGAGCGAUGACCAACUUAAUACUACAAUGAUGCCAGUAUAUUUCGGUCACACACCAGCCGGUUCAUCCGUUAGACAGUUCAUACAUUACGAACAAGGCGUCUCAACUAAAGAAUUCCGUCGAUACAACCAUGGCCCAUUGAAGAACCUCGUGGUAUACGGCACUCGACAUCCGCCCAAAUACGAUUUAUCAAACAUAUUGGUUCCUGUAUUUUUACAUUAUUCUAAUAUCGAUCGUUUGGCAGCGAUUCCAGAUGUCAAUCGCCUUUACAAGGAAUUGGGGAGUAGAAACAAAAUGAUGCUGCUUCUACCUUCGUUCAAUCAUUUUGAUUUUGUUUGGGGAAUUAAUGCAAAAACAUUGUUGUAUGAUGUUGUUUUACGGUUGAUGCGUUUCGUUGGCGAUCAGGAUAAUUUCAUGCGUAAACCGUAUCUUGCCGAGUAUUACAAAAAUUAA